AUGACCACCUGCAGCUGCCAGUUCACCUCCUCCAGCUCCGUGAAGGGCUCCAGCCGCAUUGGGGGCUCCAGCUGCGUGUCCUCCAUCCUGUCCGGAAGCUCCUGCUGGGCCUCCAGCGCCUAUGGGGGCCUGUCUGUAUCCUGCUCCCCUCACUACUCCUCCGGGGCUGUCUGCCGGCUGGGGGGCAGCUAUGGCGGUGGCUUCAGCAGCAGCCUUGGGGGGGCUCUGUGUGGCAGCUUGUUUGGAGGAUAUGGGGGUGGCCUUGGUGUUGGCUACGCUGGUGGUGAUGGCAGCCUCCUCCCUGGCAAUGAGAAGAUCACCAUGCAGAAACUGAAUGACCGUCUGGCCUCCUACCUGGACAAGGUGCAUGCCCUGGAGGAGGCCAACAGGGAGCUGGAGAUGAAGAUCUAUGACUGGUACCAGAGUCAGGGGCCCAGGCCUGCUCGCGACUACAGCCCCUAUUUCAAGACCAUUGAGGAUCUGAGGAACAAGAUUAUCGAGGCCACCAUAGAGAAUGCACAGCCCCUUUUGCAGAUUGACAAUGCCAGGCUGGCGGUUGCUGACUUCAGGACCAAGUAUGAGCAUGAGCUGACCCUGCGUCAGAGCAUGGAGGCCAACAUCAAUGGCCUGUGCCGGGUGCUGGAUGAGCUGACCCUGGCCAGGACUGACCUGGAGAUGCAGAUUGAAGGCCUGAAGAAGGAGCUGGCCUACCUGAAGAAGAACCACGAGGAGGAGAUGCUUGCCUUACAGAAUCAGACUGGUGGGGAUGUCGGCGUGGAGAUAGAUGCUGCCCCCAGCGUGGACCUGAGCCGCAUCCUGAAUGAGAUGCGUGACCAGUAUGAGCAGAUAGCAGACAGGAACUGCAGGGACGCCGAGGCCUGGUUUCUGAGCAAGUCCGAGGAGCUGAACAAAGAAGCAGCCUUUAACAGUGAGCUGAUGCAGAAAAGUCGCAAUGAGCUGAAUGAACUCCGGCGGGUGCUCCAGGGGCUGGAGGUUGAGCUGCAGUCCCAGCUUUCACAGAAAGCAUCCCUGGAGAAAAGCCUGGAGGAGACGAAAAACCGCUACUGCCUGCAGCUGGCCCAGAUCCAGGAGCAGAUCUGCAGCUUGGAGGAGCAGCUGGCCCAGCUGCCCUGCGAGAUGGAGCAGCAGAACUAGGAGUACAGAAACUUGCUGGACGUGAAGACGCAGCUGGAGCAGGAGAUCGCUACCUACCGCCGCCUGCUGGACGGCGAGGACGCCCAUCUCUCCUCCCAGAAACCAUCCAGCCAAAACUACACUUCCUGCGAAGUCUUCACCUCCUCCUUCCCGUCCUCCUCUGGCCGGCUGACCCGGUCCAUCCUCAAGGAGGAGGGCUCGUCCGGCUUCUGCCCGGGCCAGAGCUGCAAGCCCUUAGCGGCUUCUCCCGGAGCCUCCCGCCUGCUCUCCCGCCUGCCCACCUGCCAGCCUCACCGCCCGAAGGCCCGG